AUGGCAACGAUGGAGAUCACCGAGGAAAUCAUCCAAGAACUCAGGUUUCGGUUUGAAGAGUCUGCGAUAAAAUGUUCAGAGCGAUGUCUAUACCAAUCAUCAAAAUGGGCAGCGGAGAUGCUAGACUCUCUUUUACCGGUCGACCAUGGAGAUACCGAUCCUGAAUCUCCAAUGGAUAUCGCGGAGCCUCCGCUGCCGCCAAUUAACCCAUAUUUAGGCGCGCAAGAUCCUACCGAAGCGGCCUUAGAAGCCCGGGAAUCCCACAAAUACCUCUUGGCCAAAUCAUACUUCGACACUCGGGAAUAUGACCGCUGUGCAGCCGUGUUUCUACCUCCAACUACACCUCCAGUACCUCUCUCUGUGUCCUCUCCCAACUCGAAAUCGAAACAACCCCGCACAUCACUCAAGGGCAAGGAGAAAUCAUCACCAUUCCAAGCCUCGAAAGGCCAACCGCGGAGCAAUCCGUACCCAAAAAUCAGUCAAAAGUCGCUAUUUCUUGCACUCUAUGCGAAAUACAUGGCUGGAGAGAAGCGCAAGGAUGAGGAAACAGAGAUGGUGUUGGGCCCAGCGGAUGGUGGAAUGGCAGUUAAUCGAGAACUACCGGAUCUCGCCCGUGGCUUGGAAGGCUGGCUCACGGAGCGAAGUGCUAGGGGACUGGACGAUCAGGGACAAGGAUGGCUCGAAUACUUAUACGCAGUUGUCUUACUGAAAGGGCGAAAUGAGGAACUGGCGAAGAAGUGGCUCAUCCAGAGCGUGCAUCAGAACCCAUUCCAUUGGGGGGCUUGGCAAGAGCUGGGUGACCUCUUGGCCAACAAUGAAGACCUAAAACAAAUCGUGGACCGUUUGCCCAAGAAUCUCAUGACCCUAAUUUUCCACACCUACAGCAGCCAGGAACUUUAUCAAACCACACCCGAGACAUACAAAGACCUUCACCAGCUUCAAACAUUGUUCCCUACCAAUGCAUUCCUCCAAACGCAAGAGGCGCUGCUUUAUUACCACGAUAAAGACUUUGACAAAGCGGCGGAGAUAUUUAAUGAAAUCUUGGCCACAUCUCCACACCGACUGGAUAGCCUUGAUCACUACUCCAAUAUACUAUAUGUCAUGGGUGCACGCCCUCAACUGGCCUUCGUCGCUCAGAUUGCGAUUGCCACCGACAAAUUCCGCCCUGAAACGUGCUGUGUUGUGGGCAACUACUAUUCUCUGAAAUCCGAGCACGAGAAAGCUGUGAUGUACUUCCGCCGUGCCCUGACGCUCGAUCGCAACUUCUUGUCGGCAUGGACCCUAAUGGGCCACGAGUACAUCGAGAUGAAAAACACUCAUACUGCCAUCGAAUCAUACCGUCGUGCUGUUGAUGUCAAUCGCAAAGACUACCGCGCUUGGUACGGUCUAGGCCAAGCAUAUGAAGUCCUCGAUAUGUCUUUCUACGCCCUGUUCUAUUACCAACGAGCAGCCGCUCUGCAGCCAUACGAUCCAAAAAUGUGGCAGGCAGUAGGGUCAUGCUAUGCAAAGAUGGGCCGCGUCGAGCAAAGUAUCCAAGCCCUGAAACGUGCCCUUGUUGCUGGGGCCUAUUACGCAGACGGUGGUUCAGGCAUCGGUUCAAGUCCCGGUCCUGGUACCCGGAAGAUCCUCGACGCAGAAACAUUACACCAGAUCGCAACUCUUUACGAACGACUAGGUGAUGAGGAAGAAGCGUCCGCUUACAUGGAAUUGACCCUGCAACAAGAAUCUGGCGGUGCCCCCGUGAAUGAGGAAGGAAAUUCGGAUGAUGAGGAUGAGUACUCUUCUUCUUCUGAGCAUGCUACCCACAGCGAUGAAGCUGAGAAUUCCGAUGAUGGAGACGAUGUACCUAAGCAACGUCGCCGGAAACCUCGUCCGAGGACUUCCUCACUUGCUAUGCAGAAUGAUGACUACACCGCUAGUGAAACAUGGCACCAUGGCACUGGCCCUACGGCAACUACUUCUAGAGCCCGCUUGUGGCUGGCGCAGCAUGCUUUGCGCCAUGGUGACCUCGAUCGCGCGGAUCUAUUAGCAGGGGAACUUUGUCAGGAUGGGUUUGAAGUGGAAGAAGCGAGGGCACUUAUGAGUGAUGUUCGGGCUAGACGGGAAGGUGGCGGUUAG